CACUUAACAGACUUCAUUAACGGAGUUGGACGGAGACUAACAGACAGUGACCAAAGUUGAAUUGUUUAACUAAUUUUGGUGACCAGUAAUGGAAUUAAAUAUUUCGAGUGACCAAACAUGAACGUUUUUAGUAAUCUUAGUGACCAACCUUGCAAUUUACCCAAACCUUUAGAUUUGUAAUUUGUGUAGGUUACUCUAUAAUAUAUCAAAUCGUAUUUUGAAGGAGACUUUAAUUAUGAUUAUGUAUCAAAUCUCUAAAAAAAAAAAAGUUUUGAGAUGUGGAUUUUGCACGUAUCAAAUUGAAUCAUGCUGGGUAAAUACCUAGUUAUGCCUCAUGUUUGUUGAUUCAAAUACUGUUUUUUCCUUGAUGGCAUCGGUAGUUGAGACGACCAUCAUUUUGAAGGGUAAAGAGAAUGUAUUGACCGCUUUUAGGACAACAGAUUGAUGAGGAUAAAUUUGUCUGUGUGAUUUCGACUAAUACGUAUGUCAAGCAAUACCUAUAUGGAGAUAGAUUCUUUUGAGAUGCAAUUCAUCGUUUGAAAUUUGAAUAGGCCAAGCCGUGGUAAUACAUGGGCCGGUUUGAGAUUCUUGAGAUUUUUUUGGGCAGGCUUGUAAAUGGAAAGGCCGGUUGGAGCUACGACAAAGCGAGAUAACGGCCACAGUUGUUGAUGAAGUCGGUACCCGAGUCGAAAUCUCCGACUACAUGGGCCCAGUGCAGGCCCAUAGACAUUCCUCCACCCAUUUGGCAAGUAAUAUAUCAUAAAUAGAUAGAUGUCCAUUUAAGUUGGGCUUCUGAAUAGGCUUCAUCUCGUGGCCCAAAGGAGUUGAUUCAUAAAUCAACCAAAACUGAAACACCCGGCCCGCACCAGGUCCAGCCCGCACAAUACAAAAGUCGAGAAACCACUGAUAUUUUUUUAUUAUCUCCCACUUGUGUCGGUCUCGCCCUCUUCUUAAACCCUAGCCGCUUCCUCAGUUCUUAUUUCAAACCCCUGAACCCUAAAACCUCUCCUCUCCACUCUCUCAACUCACUCCUUCUUCUUCCUCCUCCAGGUAAUUCCCUCCGAUCUUGAUUUUGGGUUCUUUUGAGGCUUCUGGUUUUCAUACUCCACUCAUGGAGAUUGCGUGUCUUAUGAUUUAGACCUAAAUCUCCGAAAGGUGUCGCCUUUCUCUUUUUUUCCGCUCAUGUAUUUGGGCUGUGCCAUGAUUGUAUCUCCUUUUUUUGUGUCAUAAGGUUGAUUUAGCAGUAUGACGAUAAACUGUAUCUGAUUCCAAGUUUUGAUUUUGAUCUUUUGUCUUUUCGUUCCUGCCGAUCGGUUCUCUCCCUUUUUGUAGGCCUGGCAUGAUUGUGUCUUCGUUUUGUAUGCGAAGUUUGAUUAAGCAGUACUGUAUCCGGUUCCAUGUUUUGAUUUUGAUUGUUUUGUCUUUCCGCUCUUGUGGACUGGUUUUCUCCCCUUUUGUGAAACAGCUUUGUAGGGAUGGCGUUUUGCAACAAAUUGGGUGGCCUCUUGAGGCAGAGCGUUUCCCAGAGCAGCUCUCUCCCUAUGGGAUCUAUGAUGAACACCGCCCGUUACAUGUCUAGCAAGCUCUUCGUUGGAGGCCUUGCCUAUGCUACCGAUGAUCAGUCUCUCAAACAGGCCUUCGACACCUAUGGUGAAGUCGUUGAGGCUAGAGUUAUCAAUGACAGGGAUACUGGAAGGUCAAGAGGAUUUGGGUUUGUGAGUUUCUCAAACUCGGAGGCUGCUAGCACGGCAAUGUCAGCCAUGGAUGGACAGGAGUUGCAAGGUCGCCCCAUUCGUGUGAGCCUAGCCAACGAAAGGCCAAGUGCUCCUCGUGCUUACAAUGACAGCUACGGUGGCGGUGGUGGUUAUGGCGGUGGCAGCAGGGGAGAUUACUAGUCGCGUUCCAUGCUUCCGUUGGAGAUGGCCCUCGUUCCUACUCUUUGCUAAUUCGGAGAGUCAUCUUCUUUUUUUAAGACAAUGCUAGAACUAUUUUUUCCCUGUCGUGGAUUUGUUUUUGUCAAGCACAUUGAAUAUGAUUGUCCCAGUAUGUGCAUCUUGCUAUGCUUUUAAGUAAAGUAGGGGCAGCAGAGGGUGCUAAGUAAGUAGGAAGCUGUGCUGGUCAUAUGAUCAUCUCGUGUUAACGUGCAUUCCUGUGAAGGUGUGUGUUAAUAAAGGUGAACAUCUUUAAGUUUAAAGACUCUGGUUUGCUGCUUAAUAGCAAAAUUUCAUUCGGCGCUGGUGUUUUCAGAUGUUUCUGGGAUUCAUAUCUGGUUGGGAUUUGGGUCUUCUGCCUAGCUCUGCGCUCCCGUCAGAUAGUAGUUUUUUUCAUGAGGUUGUUGCACUACGCACAUACGCAAAUCUAUCAAAUGAAAUGACCACCAAGGUGAUGAAUGGUGACCUCCGAGUUGUCUAUGAGACUAUGACCACCAACUUGCAAUACGCAAAUCUAUCAAAUGAAAUGACGGCUCAAGCUGCAAGAAGCUUUGCGAUACAACAGUAUGAUAUGAUACUCCAACUUCAUUGAUGCAUGUUACAAUCUGCAGGUUACAGAGGAGGGUUCGCCAUUCAACUUGUGGGACUAGAUUAGAUUAGAUAGAUGAGGCCAGUGUUGGAUCAUAACAACCUACAUAGCCAGCUACUGCGGCGAAAGGAAAGGAAAAUGAUCCAUCAUUUCAUUGUGUUAUCGACACAAGCAACCAAAGCAUUCAAUUCAAUUCAAUUGAAACUAGCUAGCUACUACUCCUCACCUAUCAACAUCCUCUAAUCGAUCUGCAUACAAUAAUACUACAUUACUUGCAUGCAAACAAAUGAACAAUACCUUCUAAUUCUGAAUGUAUGCAUGUAAUCGGGUGGUUUAAUAUACGACGUAUGAUCUAACAAAUUGAAUUAUCCACCAUAAAUGCAUAAUAAAAAGCAAAUAUGAUAAACAAGCAGGGUGUUUGCUCAUAUAAAUAAAACAUUUGCGUUUGC